AUGCUUCUGAGGCACGGACUCGAGACUGUGCCAAUACUGAUUGGCAUUCUAAUUGCGCUCAUUGUCUUCCUGAGACACCACUCUAGAUCUGGUACAUGCGAUAGUCUCUUCUCAUCUGGCAAGUGGUCCAAGGCAUCCAGUGGUUCUACAACAAGUCAUACGUGGCACCCACCAGGUAGCAUACUUCACAAGUACGACGCACCUACACUACAUGACUGCUUAGAUAGCCAUGUUCUUCAUUUUAUUGGCGACUCGACAAUUCGUCAGGUAUUCUGGGCGACAGCUAUCAAACUCGGUGGUGAAGACGCUGAAUUUGCUCAGACGCAAGCAGAAAAACACGAAGGGCUACACUACAGAAAAGGCAACGCGUCUCUAGCUUUCCACUGGGAUCCUUACCUCAAUGGUACCGGCACAAUCGCGCUGCUGAACACUCCAGCAAGCCACGAAAGCUUGGGGGUGAUCUUCAGCACAGGACUAUGGUAUGCGAGACAUGGAGGUCAUGAUUUCGCACAAAACUUCAAUGAUACCAUCACCCAAGUCACGAAAAGCAUCGGGAGAGAAGAAGAUAGGCUAGUCCCAGUGAUCGCAGUACCUCCACCACAUCUGCGUCACGACUGGCUCGAUGCCGAAAGAGCUGGUACAUUGACCUUGGGCAGAAUUUUACGCAUCGUUCUCAGCCUUGCAGCCGUUGAGCGCUCAUCUAACUUACAGGUAGUGUGGAGUGCUCGCGAAGUUACGCGCCAUCCAUCAGCCAUGGAUCAGACGGGGUUGCAUGUGACGAACAUCAUAGCUGAUGUCCAAGCAGAUAUAUUGCUGAACAAAUUUUGCAACGACAAGGUCUUUGGAGGCACGAACAAAGCCUAUGCUCUGCCAUGUGUCAAGGAUAGUCGAGAACAAGCACCAUAUAUACUGGUGGCUGCACUGAUAUCGGCUUGCAUUGUCGUUGCUAGGGUACGACCAACUCUACCCUUGAAUUACAAGCUCGACUUACAUCCGGCGUCUUCGUUCGCUGUUCUGGUGUCAAUACUGCUAUACUGCUGGGUGGCCGAUCGUACAACCCUAUUUGAAAAAUCUAGCAAGGUCAUCAGUCAAGCGUUGUUUACAUGCAUAGCGGGCGCAACACUAUUCGCGAAUCUCUUCCGCAUCAAGCAAGCAACAGCGUUUCUGACUCAGACUCUACCACAACUAAAGUCGUUCCAGGAUUCACCCUCCAAGGAUCCAGGCUUGCUACCGCGAGCUCAGUCUGAGGAGUGGAAAGGAUGGAUGCAGAUUGUGAUUCUGCUCUAUCACUACUUCGGCAUGUCGAAAGUGCUCUGGGUCUACCAGAUAGUGCGCGUUCUCGUGGGUUCCUACCUGUUCCUGACCGGCUAUGGUCAUGCGAUGUACUUUCUCAAAAUGAGGGACUUCUCUCUUAAUCGACUUGCUGCCGUCUUGCUUCGGCUCAACUUGCUUCCCUGCCUUCUAGCACUGGUGAUGCACAACACUUGGGACUUCUACUAUUUCCCAUGCCUUGCAAGUAUCUGGUUUCUGGUAACCUAUUUCACCUUUUGGGGUGUCAAGAGACGAGAGCAUGCGACUCCGAGAGUGUCCGAAAUUGUGGCUCGAGUCCUCGUAGCCAGCUUCGUUUUAGUGCUGAUUACACAAGAAUCGGGAAUGUCUCUGUCUCCAUCGAAUGUACUGACGUUUGUUGGCGUUCCAGAUAUCAACGGAAAGGAGCUUCAAUUUCGAGUACAGCUAGACCUCUUGGCACCAUUCUUGGGGAUGCUGCUAGCUACUGUCCAGGCGCACAACCCUUCAAUACUCCUUGUGCCUACCAGAAAAUCACCACCCAUUGUUGCAUUAGCUUGUUGCCUAUUCGCGGCUUACGUCAUGAUUGCUUCUCAAUGUAAGGACAAGUUCACUUACAACCAACUACAUCCGCUGGUCUCAAUACUACCCAUCUCGGGCUAUAUAAUGCUGCGAAACAGUUGCAGCGCAGCAAGAGAGUAUGUGGCUACGUCCUUCAUGUGGAUCGGGUCCUGCUCGCUGGAACUUUUCGUGCUUCAGUAUCAUAUCUGGCUUGCAGCAGACACCAGGGGACUAUUGCAAGUCGGGUUGCUCAACAAAAUCUGGAUGGGAAGUGGAAGCACAGUUGUUAGCAGCUGGACCUUUUGGGCAGAAUCAGUUCUCAUAACUAUGAUUUUUGUGUGGGUCAGUCAUUACUGCUCUCAGGUCACCAACAUGCUUGUGAAGUGGUUCGUUGAUACAUCUGGUGGCAGCAAUGGGAAGGUACGGUCAAAGGAAAGACAACUACUCCUGCGUGUUUGUGGUCUACUCGCAGCACUGUGGCUGUUGAACGUCGCUGCGGCAAGUCGGACAUGA